UUAUGGUGGGGCGCCAAACCAACUACAAUACUUUGGGGCCUGUUCAUGAGAACAUAGUCACUGAGGAGCCAAUUCAACCAAUUCAAGAACCUUAUGAGUACCCAGGAGUGCAGGGAACACUGGGAAGCAUCAUGAUGUUUCUCAUGAGACAAAGCUACAUUGCAGCUCUUAUCAUUAUGAUGGCUUGGAGUAUUACUUACCAUUCUUGGUUGACAUUUGUCCUCUUAUUGUGGGCGUGUCUGAUCUGGAUCACCCCAUUUGCUCGUUGGUUUUGUAUGGUGUCAUCACCUGGACUUGUCAUCUAUGCUGAGUUACUUCUCCUUGUACAAUAUGUGUAUGGCCUUCAGCUCACUAAUGAUGAGCUGCCACUUCAAGAUCCUACAGGAACAUUCGAUUAUUCUGAACUUGGGCUGAAGAAGUGGGAAUUCCCAUGUUUACACCUUGGUGCUCAGACUCUCUUCACCUGGGUGUUCUGGGUGACGUUAAGACAGCAUAUCAGAGAGAAGAAACUGAAGAGAAGGGAAAGAGAAAAUGAAGAAUCUAUGCCACUGAGAAACCUGGCUCAUCCAUUUUUGAGGGCACUUCGGAAGAUGUCUGAUGGUUCGGAGGAUGGUCACUCUUUGGAUCCUAAAGCAUCUGACGAUGCCAAAGCACUCAUGAUGUGGGUUAAAUCAGUGCUCGCAAAGUACUGGAUUCUACUAUGCUGUGGUGCAUUCCUAUUGGUUGGUUUGCAGAAUGAGGUGUCAGUCUAUCAGAUUGGAUAUAUGGCAAUAUUCCUCUUCAUAUUAAUUUGUUAUCAGAUAUCCAUUGCUACGUGGAGAUUAAUCCUUCGCCCCCUGUGGUGGGUGAUGGUGAUUUAUUCAAUCUGUAUCUUGUUACUUAUCUACACAUACCAGUUUGACAACAUGCCAGUUUACUGGCAUAAUGCUACUGGACUGUCAGAUCAAUGGUUAUACAACCUUGGACUUCGUCAACAUACAAAAGCCAGCCUUUUGUUAGAGCUUCUCACUCCUACAGCCUUUUCAAUCAUCAUUGUUAUACAACUUCAUUUCUUCCAUCGUCCGUUUCUGGCCAUGAUUGAUCUAAAAGUGCGAAAUAAUUCUACCAUGCACCACUCCUCCGCCAGAGGAGCCGUUGACCCAUAUGUUUCACCAUCAACUUCUCAACAAGAUGGUGCCGGGCCAUCAGGCAGUGCUCGAGGGACUAGGCCGAUUACCCAGAAGUCUUUAUUGGUCGUGGCACUCAUCAAGAUAGUGAACUUUUACAAUGACCUGACUGUGUUUCUUUGGAGGGUAGGGGAGCUACACAUGUUGAAGCUUGUCAAUUUGACGCUGAUUUGUGUGGUGCUUCAUCAGGUCUGUGCUAUCAACGCAGUGAUUAUCAUUCUGCUUGGUAUCUCUAUGCCAUCGCAUCUUCUUCAGAGAGCCUUAUCUUACUGUUUUCUGAUAUGGAGCUCGCUUGUUAUUCUAAGUAAAAUGGUUUAUCAGCUGAGAUUUGUACAAGCCGACUUAUUUCAACACAACUGUACAGACCAGACCCUGCCUCGACCGUCCUCUUUUAAUCAUUUUAUCAACAAUGCAUUGUGGGUUGGCUUUUACAAGACAGAUAACAUCUCAGAAGACAUAAAGGGAUACCUGCUGAUCGUGAUAGUUAUUGUGUUGCACGCUGUCAUCAAACAUCAUCAGAAACUGUACCGUUGGAGAAAUAAUUUGAAAGAACCAGAUGCCGGAAUUUUGUUUCCGGGAAUAACCAGACCCGAUGCCGAUGAAGGAUUUGUGAAUUGUAUUAAAUAUUUGUUCAACAAAUUUUUCUUCCACUUUGGUUGGGAGGUUUGCUUAGUUAUGAUCGUAAUAAACAUGGCUGUGCGUUGUGACAUCACUUCAGUGGUAUAUGCUAUAUGGCUAGGGACCUUUUUGGUACUGGGCCGACAGAACUGCUCGAUUGUGUGGCCUGUUUAUGUGGGCUUCCUGGCGGUGCUCCUUCCUCUGCAGUAUCUUGUAGUUUUGGGAUGGCCUCCAGCACUGUGCUUGGCUUAUCCCUGGACCAAUGCGUUGAAGCCCAACCUCGUUCAUUGGCUGUAUUUAACCGAUGUCAAGCUCCCUCCCGACCCUAAGUGUCUUUUAGGUGAUUUCUUCCAACUGCUAUUCGCCUGUUGUCAAGAAAACGUGUUUUCUAUCGAGCGUUUCAAACGAUCAACUGAGCAAGCUUCUUCAGGUUCAGGUUUGAGUUCCAAAAGGCGAGGAAGCCGCGGAAAAACUGUCACACCAGACUUUAUGUGGAAUAUAACUUGGCUCGACUUUGUUAAGGUGUUCGUAUUUCAACACAUGUACUGGGUGACUUUAGCCGUUGUAUACAUCACAGUGCAAAGCACCAUCAGCAUUUUCAACUUUGGUUUUAUUUUGUGGUGUUUCUUCUUCCUGUGGCACGGCCAAGCGCUCUACCUUCAGCCGAGAACAAGACUGUUCAUACUUUGGAAGAUCUUCAUAGGUUAGAAAUACUUCACACUUUUGGCUAAAGUUUGUCUACAGCUUGUAUCCUGUGUCUAUGUAGAAUAUGUGAAAAAACACACCGGCUGCUGGGCGUUACAGUUGUUAAGCUUGUACUGUUUGAGAGAGGGUGGCUACAAGAACAGCGUGCAAACCAAGAAUGAUCAUUGCGUGGCUCCGGAUGACACGGGACUUGCUAUGGACUGCGCAUGCUUUACCUUCCUUGUCCUACAGUAUCGUGUAUUCACAUCAGAUUAUUUCAAGCACGUGGUGCGUGAUCACAGAGAGCAGUCAGACAUGGCCAGCAGGGGUGCUGAGUUAGUUGAUGAACAUGUUCGCGCACAGUUGGAUGCCGUGAGACGAGAGGACAAAGGAAAAAUGGAUAGAAUUAGGAAAUCGCUACAUAAGCUGAAACAGAAGCUGGCCAAGUUACACCCGACAGGAGUGCAGUUCGAACCACAGUCACACUAUGAAGCAAUUUACUCUGGUGAUUACAAGUGGUUUGAAAGUGAAUCAGAGGCGGAGUCUGAGGGCGAAUCGGUCACAGGGAGUCCAACGCAUGACAGAAGUCGCAGUCCCGCUGAGGCAGAAGGAGAGAAACCAAGCGAAGUCCCGGGAGAGGCCUCAGGAGGCGCAGCCUCUGGUCGAAAGAGUUCUAGCAGUUCAAUUGACAACGAAGAUGAAUUCGUAGAAGUUUGCGUCCCGGAAGCGCUUGGCGAUGACGGCCAGCAGGAUGGGUUCGUCUUCAAAAUUACUAAAUGGUGGAGUUGGUUGUAUUAUUAUAUCGCUAUAGCUGUGGACAAAGUCAUCGACUUGUUAAAUGACAUCUCAAAAGACUACAGAGAGAUAGCCGGCCAGCUUAAGAGAGAACAAAAGGAGAAGAGAUUCGAGACGCUGCGUCUUGCUAAGCUCGGUUACGGAAGUGUGCGCAUUCGGUUCGGUGAAGCUUCGGAUCCCGAAGCAGAUACGAAGAGUAUGACGUCACGGUUUACCACGGAGGACGAGGACGCAUGGUCUGCGUCAAACUUCGAUCUGGACGAUGCCGACGGAAGCGCGAGCUGGCGUAAAUCCAACAUGCGCAUCUCUCGUUUAACAAUAGCCUUCGUUUACGCGCUCUUGGCAAACACCGACAUCUUGUGCUACAUGCUGAUGAUUUUAAACCACAUGGUGUACGCUAGCGUCUUAUCGUUGCCACUUCCUUUCUUGGUGUUCCUGUGGGGCAUGUUGUCCAUCCCGAGGCCGACAAAGAUCUUCUGGAUCGCCGUAAUGACGUACACACAAGUUGUAAUCGUUUUUAAGUAUCUUUUCAAGUUUCAGUUUAUCGAAAUCGUUGAUUGUAAUCCGUCUGACGGAUUGGAAAAGAACAGUCCGUUGUGUACACCAAGAAUAAUUGGUAUUGAACGGGAUGGACACACGUCUGCUUAUGAUCUGCUGUUGCUCUUGGUGCUGUUCUUUCAUAGAUAUUCCUUGAAGGUUCACGGUUUGUGGAGAGACAAAGCGAAUCGAGAAGAAGGCGAGGAUACCGAUGAGCCGCCAAUGUCACCCAUAUCACCAGGUCCAUUGAGUAAUGUAAAUUCUGGCUCUAUUGUGCUGGACAGAUCAUCUUCCAUCGAGAGCAGCAUAUCAACUCAGCAUUCGCAGACGACCAAUGCGACGGAUGGUGAAGGGAGACAUAGCAAGCAAGAAUGCGGAUUAUGCCAUCCUGUGGUUACUUUUCUGCGUCGUAUUUAUGAUCCUGAAGUUGGCUCCGGUGCUGUGGAUGUUUAUGCUAUGAUGUUCGCGUGUCAGUUUAUUAUCUUCAUCAUAAUUGUGUUCAGUUGGUCAGCUUUCUCCUCUCCUGAGCCGAAACCGCAAGCGCAAUUCAUGCAGAUAAUCGAACAAAAUGUGGUGCCGAAAACCUUUCUUUACAUGUUGUUAUCACAGUUUUUCCUCAUUGUCAUUGACAGAUAUUUGUAUCUACGGAAGUUUGUGAUUGCAAAGCUGAUAUUCAAUGUUUCCUUGGUGAUUUCAUUCCACUUGUUCAUGUUUUUCAUCGUGCCGCUUGUUACGCAGAGGCGUUUUAUCGAGAACAUUCCAGCAAUCUUCAUGUACAUCUUCAUGUGUAUGUACUUUGGCCUGUCUGCCUAUCAAGUGCGUUGCGGUUACCCAACCAGGAUUCUGGGUAAUUUUUUGACAAAGAGUUAUACCUUGACUAGCGGAAUUCUUUUCCAGGGUUUCCAGGCCAUUCCCUUCCUUCUGGAGUUGCGUAGUGUUUUGGACUGGGUUUGUACAGAUACCACGCUGACCUUGUAUCACUGGCUCAAAAUGGAGGAUAUUUAUGCUAACAUUUAUGUCUUGAAGUGUUACAGAGAAUCCGAGAAGACAUGGUUUCAAGCUAGGGGCCAAAAGUAUUGGACCAUUAGCAAAUGGGGCUUAGGUGGACUCCUGGUGGCUCUCUUGGUGAUCGUAAUAUGGUUCCCUCUUUUGUUCAUGUCCUACAUCAAUUCUGUAUACACAAGUAACCUGCCUCAGGACGCCACGUUCACACUGUCUAUCGGAGGAUACCAGCCCUUAUUCAAAGUGAGCGCGCAAGAGAAAUCUUUGAACGUGUUGUCUGACAAGGAAAUCGACAAGAUAAAGGCCGAUCGUCCAGGAGGAUAUUCUGAAACUGAGCUGGAGACAUUCUUCCAAAGUUUUAAAGGGAGAGGCACAGUGGUUCAAGUGAAGAUCGUGGGUAAUUCUAGCUCCAUAUGGACCAUCAGUCCGCCGUCACGUGACCUAAUGACCAAGUACCUGGCAGACAACAACGUUACAAUACGCUUUAGUUAUGAGUUCACAAGAGAGCCUAAAACGGCCCUUGCCCAGGAGACCAUAUCCGGUGUGACCCAGGUUCUCCUCGACAAAUCCACUAAAAGUCAACUGGCUGCUAUGUUGGAAGGGAACUCAACCAAAGAUGACGUGUUGAUUAAGGACUUGUUCCCAAGCUUCGUACGCGUCCCCGCCAGCGGCUCGGUUACUGCGGUCUUAAAUAACGACAGAGCUAACUUCGUGACGUGCCGUCUGCGUAUGCGAUCUAAGGGUAUGUUUGAUUGGUGGGAACUGACACAGAAGAGUCCCAAUCCCCUGUUCGGUGCCAAAGACAAUGUGCUGGAAAUGAUCACAUUCAACGACUUAGUGCCGCCGCUGCACUUCUCAUUCUUCACAAGCACUGGGAUAAUCGGACUUUAUGUGGGUUUCGUUUGGUUGGUUGGCAAGUUUGUCCGUCUUUUUUUUACUUCCAUUUCGUACCGUAUCAUGUUUGACGAGAUGCCAAACGUAGAUAAAGUUCUCAAGUUGUGCCUGGAUAUCUUCAUGGUACGGGAAAGCAAAGAACUUAAGUUAGAAGAGGAUUUGUUUGCCAAGCUCAUGUUUCUGUACCGGUCACCACAGACGCUCAUUAAAUGGACGAAAUACAAACGUAAUUAGUGACACGUAGAAAGGCAAAAGCUUAGAAAGAACUCACACUUCGGUUGAAUUUCAACUUACAUUGGAAACCAGUCGACAGAGGUUCACUCUCGAACUCCUUUCACAAUCGUAGGUUUCAUACCAAUUCCAAUUUCCCUUUUGUCUGUUAAUUUGGUUUUAACUCGCAUUCUACAAGAAGCACACGACACAAGUAUUUGUUAUUUUAUUUUUUGCUGAAGAGCACCAUUUAAAGUGCUUUUCCAUUGUGAAAGUUCGUAAAGGGAAAACGCUGAAGGAGAGAUUUGGGCAUAGCAUUUUAUGCUCAUUGCAGCAUAUAAUUUAUGACAGCCAGAAAUGAUCUCAGUAAAUUAGUUAAGUCAGGUUGGGAAAUACAAUUAAUGGGUAUGGAACAGAAACGAAGAAAUAACGGUAAAGUAAAGUAUGAUUAAUUGGAUACUUUCCGACGACUAAAAGAUUGUCAAAUCUUUCCUGUUAUAAUUCAAAGUUGAAGAUCAUAACGAGGAAUUUUCAAAUACAUUUUCUAGAAUGGAGGGAAACAAGAUGAUAUCGAAUUUAUGGGGAACAAUUAUAACUGCUACAUGCUUCUUAUAAGCAGAGAAUAAGUACAUGGAUAUUUAUGAAAUUAUACUUUAAGAGAUGUUUAUCGUAAUCAGAGAUAGAACUUAAUAUUUAUGGAAGAUCCCGGAAAAUCACAGAGAUUUUGUACACAUAUUCUACCAGGCUAUUUUUGGAAACUCAACGGAUAGACAAUUGUACAAUUUUCUAACUACUGAUGCUUUUUGAAAUUAGAAUACUUGGGGUGGCUAAGUGGCUAUGAAUGCCAUCUUUGAAUCCCGAAGUAUUUUUUUUUAACUAACGGCCAUUUUGUCCCCUUCAGACUGGAAAUUUCACCCAUAAUGUACGGAGCUAUUUUUGUAUUUGCGAAUACUAUGCGGUUCUGACUGAUUGGCACCUUGAUGAUUCGAGGAAAAAAAAUUGAGCUAUCCUCAACUGGAAAUGUACUUAAUACAGCUAUACUUUUUGAUAAAACUGCUCAAUUGGUA